ACUUCCACACUUAACACUUCUUUCUAAAUCCCUGUCUUUCUCAAAAUUUCUUUCUCUUUCUCUAAAAAAUGAAGCUCUCUAUGCGUUUGAUCUCAGCCUUUCUUCUCUUGGUGAUGAUAUUCGUUGCCACAGGGAUGGGUCCAGUCACUGUUGAGGCACGCACGUGUGCGUCACAGAGCCAAAGAUUCAAGGGUAAAUGCGUGAGCGACACAAACUGUGCAAACGUGUGUCACAACGAAGGCUUCCCCGGAGGUGAUUGCCGUGGAUUCCGUCGUCGUUGCUUCUGCACCAGAAAUUGCUGAUCUAUCAAUCGAUUCUCAUGACUCAAUCUUCGAUCCAUUGUCUUUUGUUACUUCUUUCUGUCGUCUAAUAUUCCUUACGAUACCAUAUCGUAACGUGCAUGUGUGUGUAAUGUGUUCUUGAAUAAGUCUUUGGUUUGUGUGUUUCCAGUUUUAAUGUAACGUUAAAUCAACUAGUAAUGUUUUU